AUGGGAAAGAAGAAGAGAAGUAGGGUUUCGGACGACGAGGAAAUUGAAUCGGACACCUAUCCUUCUGAUCACGAUGAAUACAACCUUUACCAGGCUCUUGGUGUGGAGAGAACAGCAUCUCAACAGGAAAUAAAGAAGGCAUACUACAAAUUGGCAUUGAGGCUGCAUCCUGAUAAGAACCCCAAUGAUGAGGAAGCUAAAGCAAAGUUUCAGCAAUUGCAGCAUGUUAUCUCAAUUCUUGGGGAUGAAGAAAAACGAGCUGUUUAUGAUCAGACUGGUUGUAUUGAUGACGCCGAGCUUGCAGGGGAUGUUGUCCAGAAUCUUAAAGAAUAUUUCAGAGCUAUGUACAAGAAGGUCACUGAAGCUGAUAUUGAGGAGUUUGAAGCAAACUAUAGGGGAUCUGACUCUGAGAAAAAUGAUUUGAUUGACCUGUACAAGAAAUGCAAGGGUAAUAUGAACAGAAUAUUCUGUUCAAUGCUUUGUUCAGAUCCUAAACUUGAUUCACAUCGAUUCAAGGAUAUUCUUGAUGAGACUAUAGCUGCUGGAGAACUGAAGGAAACAAAAGCCUACAAGAAAUGGGGAAAUAAAAUAUCAGAGACCAAGCCACCUACUAGUCCCUUAAAAAGGCGGGCAAAAUCAUCAAAUAAGCAAUCAGAAACAGAUCUGUGUGCUAUCAUAUCACAGCGUAGACACGAGAGGAAAGAUCGCUUUGAUUCUAUGUUCUCAUCUCUAAUUUCAAAGUAUGGUGGGGGUCAAAUGCCAGAACCCUCUGAAGAAGAAUUUGAAGCUGCACAGAGAAAGAUGGAAAAGCGAAGGUCCUCAAAAAAGUCAAAGCGAAAAUGA